GCAGGAGGAGGGGACCCCUGCUGCGGGGCAGUUUUCCCCCGCCCGGGGACUUCGGUUUUCCGUUCACACGCCUUUCUGUGCCGCUUCGCUUUGCCCCCCCCGCCCCCCCGUCUUUCCCCUCUUUCUGAGCAUCUCUGUGCCGGCGCAAUCACAUGUUUGGGCACAGAUGCCUUUAAUCCCACCCUCACUUGCCCGAGAGGGAGGAGAGGAGGGAGGAAGGAAUAAAAAAAAAUUAAAAAAAUAUAUAUAUAAAAAAAAAAAAAAAAGGAAAAAUAAAUUGCUGGAGCAAAAUGAGCAACAAGCGGAGCGGCGGGGAGCGGGGCCGGACGGCUGCCUCUGGCGGGGGAAGGGUAAUUAAUGAAUGAAUUAAUUGGAAGAAAAACUUUGGCAGCCACUGCUGCAGUGAUGUCUUGCAACCCAAAUAAGAGUCAGUGGAAGUGAAGGAGAGAAGGCAUGAAUAGAGCAGGAGUGCCCCCCUUCUGCAGCAGCGAUGUUACACCAUGCCUGGCAGCUCUAUGGGAGGUGGUGCCGUUGGUCCAGUCCUUUUGUCCACCUCCUCACGCUGACUGUAGUGACAUUCGGUGUGCUGGCUCCUUUGAUUUGUCACCGGCUCCUCCACUCCUAUUUUUAUUUGUGGCACUGGCACCUGAAUCCCAUGAGCCAGGAGUUCCUGAAGCAGAACCAGCAGGAGGGCCAGGCUGCCCUCCAUUACUUUGAGAAGCUGCCGAUACCAAACAUCUCCAAGACCUCUGGCAGCGAGACCUUCCAGCCCUUGUUACUGGUCACCAUUGUCACUGUGCAGAGGAGGAAUGAUUUCCACUACGUCUUGCAGGUGGCCUCCCGCUUCCACCACCUCCUCCAGCAAUGUGGUGCACGCUGCCAGAGCCACCGUGUCCUCCUCUGUAAUGUGGAGUCAGACCCCAGCCGCCACCAGGAUGUCAGGCUGCUGAGCAGCUUCUUUCCGAUGGUCAGUCGUGACAAAACUGGGGAGGACCCUUACCCUGGAUUGAACCAGUUUGAGAAGGAGAAGCAGGACUACGUCUUCUGCCUUGAGCAGUCGCUCUUGGCAUAUAACCCAGAAUAUGUCCUGGUAGUGGAAGAUGAUGCUGUGCCAGAGGACGAGAUAUUCCCUGUCUUGCAGCACCUCUUGUUGGACCGAUUCUCCAAACCAUACCUCAGAGAUGCACUCUACUUCAAGCUUUACCAUCCUGAGAGGCUUCAGCACUAUGUCAACCCCGAGCCCAUGCGAAUCCUUGAGUGGCUGGGCCUGGGCAUGUUUCUGGGGCCUGUGUUGAACUGUGGGUACUCCUGGGCAACUGGUCGCCCAGGCCUGAGCUGGCCCAUCAUCUUGUUCUUUGCUUUGUACACCAUGGCUUUGUCAGAGCUGGUGGGACGGCACUACUUGCUGGAGCUGCGUCGGCUGGCCCCCAUGCUGUAUAACGUUGUGCCAGUCACUGAGUGCUGCACGCCUGCCAUGCUCUUCUCUGCUCCUUCUGCCCAGCGUGCCUUAGGAUACCUGAAGGGGCUGCACUGCCGCCAGGGUUUUGCGAAGGAUAUCGCCCUCUACUCGCUGCUGCGCACUAAGGGGGAGAAUGCCUAUGUGGUGGAACCCAAUCUAGUGCGGCACGUGGGAAUGUAUUCCAGCCUUCGGCUAAACGACAACCCCAAACUGCUGUGAUGGGUUCACACCUUUCAUGACACAAAGCCCUAAGAGCCCUUGCCUCCGGGCUGAAAGAUGCUGUGCAAGCUCAGAUACUGUGCCACUCACGACAAACAUCAAGUGUCUCCAAGUGGCCAAAGAACACACCUCUAUUGCACAAAAAAAA